UGACAUAUUUUGAAAGGCUGAGAGCGUCAGCAGCCAUGGACGCAGCAACACUGUGCACCGUCGCUGUCGCACUCACGGUCCUUCCAAACAGAUCCCAGUUCUUCAUGUACGAGUCCAUGACUUUGACCUGUGGGCAGCUGGGAAACUCCUCCGACUGGAGAGUGAUGAUGAACACGUCCACAAACGCGACUCGAGAGUGUCGCGGUUCCGGGAAUGAAACCGGCAAAUCCAGCUGCUUCAUUGAUCACGUCCUACAGUUAGACGCCGGCGUUUACUGGUGUGAGUCUGACGCAGGAGUCCGCAGUGACAUCAUCAACAUCUCCGUGGCAGAUGGCGAUGUGAUCCUCAGGGCUCCCGUCCAUCCUGUGGCGGAGGGAGAUGACGUGACUCUGCGAUGUGAACGCCCGGCGCCGUCCUCCAACCUCACCGCCCGCUUCUAUAGAGACGAUCUUUUCGUGCUGAGCAGCGCCUCGGGAAACAUGACCAUGCGCGACGUCUCCAAGUCGCACGAAGGACGGUACAGGUGCGUCAUAGGAGACGAGGAGUCACCUGACAGCUGGCUGACCGUCACAGUGGAACAUCGAGAGCGGCCUCACUCACACCUCGUGCGCAUUCUACUUCCUGUGACGGGUGCCUGCCUGUGGUUGGUGCUGUCAGUGCUCUGCUUCUACAGAUGCCUCAAAGGUAAACGUGACUCCGAUCUUUCGUACACGGACGUCGUGAUCACACAGGGACAUAAACCGCCGCGGAUCAAAGACGGGAACGCGGCUUCGACCGAGUACUCUACUGUCAAACUGGAGCCUCUGAACAGGACACAGCAGCGGCAUCACCGUUGAAAUGUACAAUGAUGAUUCCUCAUGGACACAUGGUGUUUAUUGUCCCUGUGUUUCUUUUCAUUCUGUGUCUUUGCAGCAUUUCAGGUUUGUUUUUGGUUAUGAUUUUUGCCUCUCUGUUUUGUGUCACUUGUCACUAUGAGAAUCACUGGGGGUGGAGCGUCAUUUAGCGUCUGCUAAAUGACAUGUAAUAAUGUAAUAAUCACGUAAGUAAAAUGAUAAUAAAGGUUGAUGCAGCCUCACUUCUGCCGAAAAACAGUGAAUUAAACCUCUGUCCCAUGUGUGUUUGAAUUCUGCUACUAUAAUAUAUAAUGGGCACAUGUCAAAAUCAA